GUUACAGAAAUCCUGUGCAGCAUGUUUUCUAGGUGGAACUGGGUGGCCUGUGGCUUCUAUCUGGUGUUGAACAUUUGUUCUCCUGACGCUUCAGGUGGUCUUGUGCAGUCAUGUGGUCACAUCAUUCCGGAGUCACCUGUACUGGCCCUUGGUUCCAAUUUCACAGCAUUAUGCAUUCUGAAUGAGAGUUGUCUUGACUUUGGCAAUAUCUAUGCCAGUCAGAUUAUCUGGAAGAUUAAAAAUAGACUGGUACCUAAAGAACAGUAUCGUGAAAUAAACAGAACAGUUUCCAGUGUCACAUUCAAUGACACUUCUACACUGGCUACCCCUCUGACAUGCAACAUUUUAGCAGAUGGACAGAUUGAACAGAACAUUUAUGGAAUUACUGUUACAGUAGGCUUGGCCCCAGAGAAGCCCAAAAACUUAAGCUGCAUUGUGCAUCAGGUAUCAAGAUUCACAUAUAUUAUGACUUGUACCUGGAACCCUGGAAGGCACACAUUCCUAGAUACUCAGUUCAGGUUGAGAUACAGCUGGCCAGAAGAGAUGUUUCCUGAUUGUAUACCAAAAGAUGUAAACAAUUCUUGCACCGUUACUGAUAUUCAGUUCUUUGUUAACACGGAGAUUUGGGUAGAAGCAACAAAUGCACUUGGGAAGGCUGAAUCUGAUCCUCUUGUUGUUGAUCCCAUUGACAUUGUUAAACCACUGUCUCCACAGAAUGUAUCAGUCAGCUCAGGAAUACUACCUACUGUUCUGAAGCUUUCCUGGGAGAAUUGGAUUUCAGAUGCUGUGAUGACGCUGAAAUUCAAUAUUCGCUACAAGAUAGCUGGUGACACAAACUGGAUGGAGGUUCCUUCUGAAGAUACAGCUUCCCCAAGAACUUCAUUCAGUGUCCAAGGUCUCAGACCCUACACAGAGUAUGUCUUUUCCAUUCGUUGCAUGAAGGAAGAUGGAGUGGGCUACUGGAGUGACUGGAGUAAAGAAAAGACUGGGAUUACCACUGAAGAUGAACCAUCUAAAGGACCACCCCUAUGGAGGAUCAUUGAUACCUCUCACUCACCAGCUUCCUGGACUGUGCAUCUAAUAUGGAAGGCACUGAAGCCAUUUGAAGCCAAUGGAGUAAUCUUGCAAUAUGAAGUGACUGUCAGAGAUAAAUCAUGUCUUUCCUGUCCAGUGAAGAAAUACAAUGUUACCAGCACCAACCAUACCUUGCAGCUGCCUGAGGGAACUUAUGAAGUGACUCUGAUUGCCCGCAACAGUGUUGGGGCAUCACCUCCAUCAGUUUUACUUAUCCCAGCAAGUAAUUCUAAAGCUCCUGUGAAGAAUCUUAGAACAGUACCUAAACAUGACAAGUUGUGGGUCGGGUGGACUGCUCCUAAUAGUUAUGUUCUUAAAUAUGUGAUCGAAUGGUGUCUGUUGUCCAGCAGCUCAGACUGCAUCAUAGAUUGGCAGAUUGCACUAGGAGAUGUUCAAGGAAUAGACUUAAAAGGUAUAAAGCCUUUCAAGUGCUACUUGAUAACUGUGUACCCUCUGUAUGCUGAUGGUCAGGGCAGUGGACAGUCUGUGAAGGCUUAUCUUAAGCAAGAUCGUCCCUCAAAAGGACCCACUGUUCAGACAAAAAAAGUAGGAAAAGCUGAAGCUGUUUUGACAUGGAACCAUCUCACAGUUGAGGAACAAAAUGGAUUUAUCCGAAAUUACACCAUACUGUACAAAACUAUUGAUGGAAAUGAAACAGUUGUGACAGUGGACCCUUCCAAGACAGAGUACACCCUUUCCUCUCUAACCAGUGACACACUGUAUACUGUGCGGAUGAUGGCAUCCACAGAUAAUGGAAGCAGGACUGGUCCUGAUUUCACAUUUACUACACAAAAAUUUGGAAAAGGAGAAAUUGAAGCGAUAGUUGUACCUGUGUGUCUAGCAUUCCUGUUGAUUGUGCUUCUUGGAGUUCUGUUUUGCUUCAACAAACGUGACCUAAUUAAAAAACAUAUCUGGCCUAUCGUACCUGAUCCAUCCAAGAGUAAUAUUGCUCAGUGGUCUCCUCAAGUUCCAGCUAAGCAUAACUUUAAUUCCAAAGAUCAGAUGUCCCCAGAAGGCAGCCUUACAGAUGUAAGCAUUGUAGAAAUAGAAGCUGAUGACAAGAAGUCUUUUUCAGAACAAGAUCUAAAACCCUUUGACUUGCUUAAAAAAGAAAAAAGUACUUCAGAAGGGCACAGCAGUGGUAUUGGAGGAUCCUCGUGCAUGUCUUCUCCUAGGCAAAGCGUCUCUGACAGCGAUGAAGGUGAAACAACACAGAACACUUCAAGCACUGUACAGUAUUCGACUGUAGUGCUUAAUGGCUACAGAGACCAGACACCUGUACAAGUCUUUUCAAGGUCUGAGUCAACUCAGCCACUGCUAGAUUCAGAAGAGAGAUCAGAGGAUCAUGCUGGAGGAGCUGAGAGUACAGCACAGAGGCAGCAGUAUUUCAGACAAAAUGGUGGUCAGGAUGAAACCAACACAGACAGGCCAUGCUUUGAAAGAACAAAGCAGAUUACUCAUGCUAAUGAGGGAGAUCUUGUUGGAUUUGUUCAACUGCAGAUCUCAGGUCAGAGUUCACAGCCAUUGGGCCUUGGGAUGGAAAAAAAUACCCAGGAAGCUGCUCUAUCAAAUGUUUUACAGACAUGUACUGAAGGACAAGCUGUGAGACCUGAAACAGUGGAAGAAAAUCCACUGUCAGUAGAUGAAAUGCCAAAAAGUUACCUCCCACAGACUGUGAGACAAGGGGGCUAUAUGCCUCAGUGAGAGAAAAGACUGGCUCUGUUUAGGCCUUCAUUAGUGCCUGUUCACAUUUUCCCCUGUGUUUCUGAUAAAGUAAGCUAGGUAUUUUUAUCUUCCUGCAGAUAGAAAAACUGAAAUUAAGUGAAGAGUAAUUUGACAAAAUACAGUAAGGACUGUUUCUGUGGAAAAUUUCCAGUCCAGACCUACUGGAGGUUUACUUUUAUGCACUACAUAAAACCUUACAUCUGGGUAACUGAAUGAGCCUUUGUGCUACAUUGGGUGUUGUGUAUCUCUUCAUAACAGAAUUUCACAUGAUUGAAAAGGUAAAGUUUUAAAUAUCCACAUCAGCCAAUAGACUUCCCAGAGGAAACACUUCUAUGCGUGACAGUGUACAAGCCUAAAAAGCCAGCUCUAGUUGCAUAGUGCAGCUUUGUGCAAAAGUAAGACUGAAGCUCAGUAUUCUGACAUGGAAGAAUACUUGUAUGAUACACUUUUCAAUAACUUAAUUGACUUACUGAAUUUUGACUUGGCCCAGUGCCUCAAUUUUCAGCUUACCAGACCUGCCAAUCAUUUUCAGCCCUGUUUAAAAACCAUAAAAAUUAAACAGAACUUGCUAUGGUGUACAAAUAGGAAAACACCGAGAUUGCCUGAAUCUAAAUGCUACUGUAGUAAUCUAUACUUUACCUACAUUUAGAUGUGUGUACACAUGAACGACUGAGUAAUUUGGCCUAAAAAAUGUGCCUUGCAACUUGACGCACAGCAAUUCAGUCUCAAAAGUGUGGAAAUCAAAUGACAACACAGAUCAGCGGUUACUUAAAGGCUUUGUACCCCAAUCACUGUUUGAUUAUAUAAAACUUCUGUGGUCAUAUAUGCCUUUGUUUAAUAAGUGCACCUUUGCUGUGUACAGCUCAAGUAACAAGCUGUAAGCUUUUACCAUUUUUCUGACUGCUCAGGAGAAAGGAAAUAUGACCUUCCUCCUGACAGACUGCAGCUAUUAGUGUGCUGUAACCUCACUGCUAAUACUGCAGGACGUCCUGGAAACUGAAGGCAGCCAAAGCAUUGAAGUCAUUGAUGGUCUUGGAACUAAAACCAGAACCUGUACUCUGAAUUUGAACUUUGCUGGUAGCACACUUAAGUGGUUGUUAAACUUGUUUCCUUUUCUAUUGGCAAUCAUGAGCCACAAAACACACUUCAGUGGUUGUUCCUUACUUUAUUCUUAAUGUCUCACUUUUUCCCUGCUCAUACAGUUUACAUUUUUUUGAGGAAGCUACCUUUCUUAGAAACGUCCUCUACUAGUGUUUAAAAAAAAUUUAAAUUAUGUGACAAUAAACCCCUUCUCCAGCGAUAAGCAGAAAUUUUAUGGCACUCUUAAAGAUUUUUUUAAAAAUUAAUUUUAAAUCUAAUAUAGGCUAGCUAGCUUUCUAAUCUGACACUAAUAAAACUGUAUUUCAAAACACUAAAUGCUGUUUUGUGAGACUAAAACAAGUGUUUUAUUUCUCCUUCAGCAAAAUAACUAUGUAUUUAAGACCUGAAACCUUUUGUGCUGUGACCUCUGGUACUGCUGUUCUGUAGAGCACUUGCUAAAAGCCCUUGAAAUGCCUGUGUCAGUAUCUUCCCUUGUCUGCCAGAUUGCAUGAAAAGAUGGGUAUACAUGUAAAUGUCCACGUCUUUUGCUUUUGUUAUGACGAAAUCAAGUGCAAGAGUAAAUUUGUAGGAUUACCUCUCAAAGUUUGGAAUAUUUAAAACAGAUAAAGAAUGCAGAAUCUUUAACAUUUCAGUAUUCCACAGUUCCUUUCUCUUGACAGUAUUUUUCUGUGUCUAGGCACUUUUUUUUUAGGCUAUGUUGCAGCUUACUCUAGUUACACCUUUCUUCAGACCUUUUUCUUCCUUUCCCCACUGCACCUCAGCACCUUCAAACUCCCUCCUAGGGCGCAAAGGCAUAAUGAAAACUGCUCUCAUGAGACAGCAGACACCAUCUUUGGUUUUUCAGAGGCUGAAGGAGCAUUCCUUUUUCAGAACACAUUUAUUCUUGGAAAAAAUAGCAGUUACUUUACUGGGGAAGGAGUUAUCUUCUCUAUGCAAACUUCACAGUGACUGUAGAAGCCACAGGUAAAAGGGAAGAGUCUCUGUUGAGCAGUGUGCAUGCUUAUUAGAACUGCAUUUAAUCCAUCUUCUCCUGAAAUGCUAUAGGCCACAACCUGCCUACGUAGUCUAAACAGUGCUGCAGAGGUCUGGAUGUUUUCAAAAACAUGUUCAUGAUUUGUUUUAAAUUAUGUUUUUGUGAUUCAGUAAUAGUAACUUUUGAUAGCAUAUGUUAUUUGAGGGAGACUGUCGGGUAUUCAGUAAGUUGCUAUUUGUCUUUCUGUAAAGGGAUGGUAUUUUCUUCUCAGUUGCUGUUAAUCAUGGGCCAUGCAAGACUUAAUUGAUGUUAAACAGCAGCAAGAUUCUGAGUUUUAAAGUCUCUGCUAACAAGAGUUCUGGCCUGUCAUUUCUGGUAUCUUUCACUGUUGUUUAUGGACCAGUGGUAAUAAACUCGAAGAACUGAAUGGGUCCUGGACAAAGUUCUGGCUGGCUGGUAGUGACAUACUCUCUUUUGAGGUAGUGCAUUUAUCUAGGGCUAAAAUACUGAAGCCUAAGCAGGAGCUCAUGGUGGGUGAACAGCUUGUAGAAGCCACAAUACAUACAAAUAACAGGUUUACAGCUAGUUCAUAAACCUGCGUGCCAAAUAUAUCAUGCAGUGUUCAGGGUUUAACAAGAUUUUGUACUUUGGACUGUAUCAAACAGUUGCAUACAGGUUUUUAAGAGUAUCUGCAGUGUAAUUGUAGCAAUCCACUGAAAUUUUUGGAGUUGACCCUAACAUAAUAAUUAAAUAAAAAGUUUUUUCCCUCCUCCACACCCUCCCCCCACAAUGGCUAGUGGUGCACAUAAAAUGAAGGCAUUAUUAAAGUCAUGUUUCAGUGUAGACACUUUCAUGUCCAUCUUGAUUUCUGGACUGGAAUUUUUCAGGCACAGGUGAAAGAAUAGUUGUAAGGACUUUUAAUUUGAGGGUGGGGAAGGGAGGCUAGUAGAAAUAUAUUAGUAUAUUGAAUAAACCUCUUAAAUGCAGGCUGGUUAAUGUUCUCUGUUUACAAGAGAAGUGAAUAUAUUACCUUUGUAGCUCUAUUGUGGUGGUCCUGUUAGACCAGGAGUUGUUUGGUUAUGUUUCCUGGAGUGUGUUGGCUCACUUUAAGGGCAGAUAGUCUAGGAAUAUCCUCUCCUGCUGUAGUGAAAGUCAUGGGAUUGUUUCAUACAUGCUACUGCAGAAAAUUAAGCUGCCUGUUACGCCUUAACAUGGCAGUACAAGCACAGCAGAAGAAAAAAAUUUUUAAACUUUGUUCUGGAGAGUUUAUGACAAAUAUGUGCUUGUCUGGUACUGAAGCCUAGCAAAAACUGGAAAAAACUUUGGCCCUGGGAGGAUGAGGGAGUUUGCAUGCUUGGGCUGAGUCCCAUUCUUGGACUCCGGAGAAGAUCCAUCACCUGCAUGGGAAAUUCAGCUUUGUAAAUCAUGAUCUUUAUCAAGUGGUUAAAACACACAUCAGUAUGCCCAGUAGGUGGUGAUCACCAUGCUAAUUUAAGUAACUGUUUAAUUAGAGCCAGGUCUCAGGUACCCAAGAUGGGCAUCAGUGUAUGCUGCUAUGGAAUUGACUUCUCAGUGGGAUCUGAAACUCCAAAGACUCUCAGAUUAUUAAUAGUCUGCCCCACUCCAGGACAUACACAUUUUACAUUGUCAUUUGUAUGCAUUAAAUGGGACUAAAUACACUAGUUUAUUUUCCCCACUAGACAGUGGUUGUAGUUGAGGUUAACUGUCCUUUGAAUGCAUUCCUUUAACUGUGUUAAAAAAUUCUAGACUAAUUGACUGUAAGAGUUCAUUAAUCCCCAUAAUCCCCCAAACCUCUUGUCUGUCUGCAAGGAUAGAGACAUAUAACCAUUAUAAAUUCCAGGAUUCACUUGUAAUGUUAUACAGGAGAAGUUUAUGUAAAAAUGUUGAGUCUUCUGUCAUGAAACAGCUGUUAGGGAAUUGCAGCCAACCCAAGUCUUCAGCUUUGCUUUUGAUCCAGAAAACUGCAGUAAAGUCAAGGUAUAAGUGCAAAAGUCUGGAGCAGGUUGAAAUUAAGUAACUUGCAUUGGACUCAUGAAUUUCUAUUUCUCUUCCUUUAAAGUGAAAGCAUCAGUAAAGCAAACAAACAAACAAAAAAGCUAAAAACCAUGCAUAUUUGCUUUCACUGUUGUUUCCUUUGUAGGACUUGUGCAAUCUGAGCCAUUCUUGAAAAUAAAAGCAGUGCUGACUUAAUGCACAGGGAUGCAUUUCUAAGGCCACAGGAUUUGAUAAAACAAACCUAAAAAUAAUAAUGAAGGGCCAGCUUUCAACAAUUGUCUGCUUCCCUGCCUCUUGACUGUAGUGCAGAGAGAGGGUGGGCAGCAAGUACCUCCCGGAAUGCAGCCUUAGCCAGUGCUUGUAUUUAUUUGCAAAGACAACCUGAAGGGGAUAUAUGCAAUAAUGUCAUUGCUACUCUGCAGAAGCACACUUCUGUAACAAUAGAUGAAAAACACUUAUGGCACAACUGUUGACUGAUGGCUGGAAAGCUCCACAUCCACAUCCUCCUGCUCAGACUUAAGUUUGUCAGCUGUUCUUCUCUGGGGAUCAUGGGCGUGGCAGAUGGGCAUUCUCUGCAGUGUGAAACUAGUAACACCUAUCACUUUCCAUCAUCAAAGCACAUUUGUUAAUGGAUCCAGUCAACUUGCCGUGUUUUUUUUAAUACACCAGUUUUGUUUACAGUGUCACAUAUAGCCUGACACUUUGAUACAGCCAGGGAUUGUCUAGUAACCAAUUGCUUUUAUUUGGGGAUAAGAAGUUACUGGUCACCCAGUUUGCUGUGCCAAUAUAUGCAUCUAGGUGAGCGGAGGUGUGCGACACUGGAACAGAUUUACCAACAAGGAAAGUGCCUUGAUGCUGGAUUGGAUGGCUAGUGAAUGUAAACAUUAAGUUAAAUUUUGCUGUGUACUUAAACUAAGUAUGGCUCAUUAAGCUAGUGGUAAUUUGAAUGCCAGCUUUAAAGGGCUUGCGUACUCUGGCCAGAGGUUAAACUUGUAAAUUGCUGCAUAAGCUGUCUCUGUAUGGAAAUGUGUUUUAAUACCUGUUCACUGUCUUUAUUCUUUUGCAAGCUGCAUGUGUAUUGUCAUAUAAAAUCUGCUUUCUACAAUUUA